AUGCCUAUCAUCCCACGCACAAUAGAGUCAACACUCACACAACCAUCCACAAUGAAUGACGCCACAGCCCUACUCAAGCGCAGCAGCAUGUCCAAUCCCGACAAAUAUCCACUCUACAUCUUCCUCAUCAUCGCCGGCUGCAUUGUAUGCGGACUCAUCGGGUUCAGUGUAUACACUAUGUUCUACGGUCUCGACGACUCCCAGACUGUCAAAGACAUCCCGCACGAGCAACGAAGAUACUUGCGCGAGGUUAGACAGCGGAAUUUGAACACGUUGGCUAUUGAGGCAAGGAGGCCUGAUUUGAUUGUCCCUAUUAGGGAAUUGGAUGUAUGA